AACACUGCCUUUUCCUAAGCGUCUUCUGCUAGAGGCACAUUUUCGUCAUCCGUCAAAAGUUUUGUUCCCGUUGUUAAUUUUUUCCUUUAUAAUUCAUAAAAAUGGCUGAGAAAAUGAGGACGGAAAUUGCUUCCAUGCUCCAAGGAAUUGAAAGGUACAAUCCAGACAAUCUUCAAAAGCUAGAACGCUAUGUAGAGAUGCAAGCGCAAGAAAAUAUUUACGAUCUUGAGGCGAACUUGAGUGUACUGCGACUAUACCAGUUUGGUCCAAAUUUCUACCGUAGUAACAUUGUAAACCUAAUCUUGCUAAAAGCAAUGACUAAUUUACCACACACAGACUUUUUGCUGUGUAAAUGCCUUCUGACUCAAGACAGGUUGGAGGAACCUCAAGUAAGCAGAGUAAUGGUCCUUGCUGACUUGCUAGAAACUUGCAAAUUUAAGCAGUUUUGGGAAGAAUUGGCUAAAUGUGGUGACCUGAUAAUCACUGUCCAAGGAUUUGAAGAUGCAAUUAGGAAAUUUGUUGUUCAUGUUGUCAAUAUCACCUACCAAACGAUUGAAGUUCCAGUCUUGAAAGAACUUCUGGGCAAUGUCAAUGAUCAAGUUUUAAAACAGUGGGUCGGCAAAUGCAGUUGGAAGGACCUUGGCAAUGGACGUGUAUUUAUUACAUCGCAAGAAGAUUUGGUUAAGACCAAAAAUAUCACCGAGAAGAUUGAAUUUGAAAAUGUGGCUGGAAUUAUGGCACAUUGUAUUUAAGAGAACGGUUCUUCGCCAAUUCACAACGCGAAAAAGGAGAAAAAUAAAAAAAAAAACAACAACAAACAAACAAUUCCAAGGGCAGUGUAUUACCGUUUUGAAACAGCUCCGUAUACACAGUUGUCAUGUUUGAA